UCAGUCAGUGUCGGUGCUAUGCCGAGAAAACCACAACCCUUUGACAAUUGCACGUGUUUUAUAUAGUUUUACAUUCAAAUCCAUCACAAUGUGUUGUACAGGAAAAUGUGCGCGGUUAGUGGGGCUAAUAAUUCUACCUUCAGCUUUUUUAUGUAUAAUAGCGAAUUUACUUUUGUUCUUCCCUAAUGGAGAGAAGUUGGAAACAGGACAGAUAUCCCUGCAGGUCUGGCUUAUGGGAGGACUUCUUGGUGGGGGACUGUUUAUGAUGUGUCCAAGCUGCUCUGCCAUCAGAGCAGGGGGCAAAGGCUGCUGUGGUGCAGGUUGCUGUGGAAACCGUUGCCGUAUGCUGAAUUCUGUGUUAUCAUCUGUAUUUGGCAUUAUUGGGGCAGUCUACUGUGCCUGUGUUGCAGCUUCAGGACUGGUUGUUGGACCAAAAUGCCAAGUUGAGGGUGGAAAUUGGGAAUAUCCCUUUGAGAAUAUGCCAGAAGGGAACAGCAGUUACCUGGUGGAUAAGAGCAUUUGGUCCGAUUGUGUUUUCCCGGAGAAUGCGGUUCUCUGGCACAUUGUGCUGUUCUCCAUAGUUUUGGGUCUGGGUUUGCUCCAGGUGGUCCUCUGUGCCAUUCAGGUCUUGAAUGGAUGCCUGGGCUGCCUCUGUGGAGAUUGCCGGGAGAAAAAAGAGGAUGAUGGAGGUCUGUGAUUUCUGCUGGGGAGAAAAACAACAACCAAAACAACCUGAGGAACAUAGAUUUCAGCUGUAAUCCUUACAACAAGGGCAAGAGCUCUCACAAGACCAACAAACUCCAAAAUUUAGGCCUUGUACAUGCAAAGCCCCUCUUCUUAUAAAUACUGCAAUCCAAGCAGUAAAAAUGAUGUUAAAAUAGAUGUAGUUUUUUAUGUAUUUUUGUAGUAGUACACUUGAUGACAGCACCAAUAUCUUAAAAAACUAUAUAAAAUUCUUUGUCUUUGAAAAAAACUUUCCUGCAUUUUGAAAUAAUCAACAUAAAGAUAUGAGUCUUAGCACCAUGUGAUCCUAAACUAUUUCCAUUCACAAUGAAUGUCUUUUUCUGAUAUUUAUUUGCUGAUAUCAUACAUUAAUCAUUGAAUGCAGUUUGCUGCCAAUAGAUAUUAAUUAUUAACUCAUCAUAAGUAAUGUCUAUCUUUAGAGUUUGCAUCAGAGAAGGAUACUUCCUCUACAAGUUACAUAAACACCCCUGAGUGUUUUAUUUUUCUGGUAUUCUUGGCAGGAGACAACAAAUUUUUUUGUUCCAUCUUAGUUUCCAUUGCAGUAGUGAAGCUCUAAAUCCAGAGGCUAGUUUUUUGUUAAUUUUCCUUCAAAAUGGUUUGAAAAAUCCAAUGUGUUGCUUCUUUUAUUAUUACACGUGCUGAUUACUGUCGAACUUUUGCCCCACUUGGUGCGAAAAAGAAUAAUAUUUAAUUAUCAUUUAGCAUUAUCAGUAGCAUUUAGAUCAUGCUUUCGUUCUGCAGCGGUAUGCGCAUGUGACGAAAUCGCACUGGCAUUUGAAACGCGGGAACUGAAUCACAGCCGGAAGAGCCAAUAGUAUUCAGCUGCAGACCCGCAGCACCACCAGUUUCAGAACCCCAGUUUCAGAACCUGAGGUGAGGGGCGGAGCUUACGUUCUAAACCGAGUAGCGCCACCUAACGUUUUGAAGCGUAGUUUGCUUUUAUUACAAACGAAACAUCAUACUUUAUACGUAUGUUAUAAUGAUACAUUAAGGUACAGUACAAUAAGCAUUUUAAAACAUUGAUCUUGUGUAAUAUAAUUGUAUAUAGUUAUCCGUUUCAUUGUAUUAUGAGAGUUACUUCCUGAUCAUGAUGGUGAAAAAAAUGCUUGAAACUUAUGGGCAUUUUAUAUAAAAUAUACU